AUGUUGAGCCGUUCCGGACAGACAGACGGACAGAUAUGUGCGCCUGUUCCGUUCUACCGUUAUAGCAGAGGUACCUAUGAUCAUUUCUACACAGCAAAUGCUGCUGAAAUUGGUACAAUUCAACCUGGUCAAGCUGGUCGAUUUGGAUAUGUCUAUGAAGGUAUAGCAUGCAACGUUUAUCCAAGGUUUGGAGAACCCAACAGCGUACCAUUUUAUCGAUAUGUUAGGCCCCUAACAACGUACCAUUUUUAUACAACAAAUGCAUCUGAAAUCGGAACAAUUUCACCUGGCUCCACUUUACAGGGGUAUACAUAUGAAGGUGUGGCUGGGUAUGUUUAUAACACAAAACAACCUGGAACAUGUCCAUUUCAUAGAUAUUAUAACCUUCAAUAUAAUCAACAUUUUUAUACCGUAAAUCUAUGUGAAAUUGGCGUUACAGUCCCUGGUCAAGUUGGAAACUUCAAUUAUAGAUAUGAAGGAAUUGCCGCUUAUGUGAUCACAUCUUAUCCAUGUAAUAAAACGAUUGUUUGUUAA